GUGCGGCCCGCCCAUUAACUCCCCGCGGGACUCGACUUUGCCGCCUGUCGGCGUUGCCUCGGCAACGGAAGCGUCCCGGCCAAUCGGGCGACGCGGCUGGAGCGUGCGCCCCAGCGCGUGUUGAAAUGGCGGGUGACGGCGACGGCUGCUUGGCCUUGUGGAGAGGGGAGAACGACCGGCUGGCCCGGCGCUGGCGGAGGGCGGCGCGCCUUCCCGGCCAGGCCCCCGCUCCGUUCGCGGAGCUGCUGAGGAAAAUUCAAGGGCUCCCCGCCGCCCUGCCGAGCCUUUCCUUGGAGCUGGCCGUCCUCUGCAACGCCUUGCCCGCCCAGAUGCGCCCGCCCGGCGGCUGCCCCCGGCGCGCCUCGGCCUGGAUCGAGCGGGGGCUCCGGCGGGUGCUGGAGGCUUGUGCGGCGACCGAGGAGGGUCUCGACUCCGGGGAUCUCUGGCCGAGGGUCCUCCAGCUGGCCUCGCCCGAGGAGCUCCGGGCCCCCUUGCACCACCUGGCUGCUCUGCAGGCGGCCUCCUGGCUGGCCGACCACCAGCUGGAGAGAUCCCGGGAGCUCCUGCGCCUCCUCAGCGGCGCCCAGAUCCCGGAACCUCCUUGUGUUGGUUGUGACGGUGAGCUUCUUUCCCUGCUGCAGAUGUGGCAACCCCAUGAAAUGGGAGAUUCUGACCCCCUGGUGGUGCAAACCAUCAGAGACUUGAAGGAGAUUCUGUGGACAUCAGCUGCCUUCUUGCAAGGUGUUCAGGAGCUGGAAGCUGACAACCCCCAUAAUGCCCUUACCUUACUCCAAGCGGCUCUGUCUGGGCUAUGUACUAAGCGGGUCCUCGCCCAGAUCUUCACCUUGAUGGGAAGCUGCUACUGGAAAAUAGACAAGCCACACACAGCGCUGCAGCACCUGAAGCAAGCCCUGGAGAUGGACUCCAGCUUCCUGCCGGCCUUGUACCAAGCAGCUCUCUUGUACCACCAACUGGGGCUCACCAAGGCCGAACUGGAAGCUCUGCUGCUGCUUUGUCAGGCUCUGGAGAGUCCUCCACAGGUAACCCUGGAGUCCCACGAGUCCCAUUUCCUCAUCCGGACAGAGCUGCUCACCAGCGGAUGCCAUCCGGCUGCUUUCCUUGCCCCAAGCUGCCCAUCGGGAGUGAAAUACAUGCUGGCCAAGAGAUGUUUGCAGGCGGAGAGGACAACGGAGGCUGCAGAACAUUACCUGGACCUUCUGGCUUUCUUUCAAGAAGGGCCUCUUCCACAGGUGUCUCAGUGCAGGGAGCUGGCCGUGCCCAGAAUUUCAGAGGUCUUCCUGGAAGCGGCCUCUGCUCUGGAAGAGGCAGCCAGGCACCAGGAAGCCAUUGUGGUGUGCGAAGAGGUGGUCUCUCACACAAGCAGGCUAAUCCCGGCCAAACUCUGCAUCGUGCUGGACCCGAGUUCUGAAGAGGAGGCUAUGGGGGCGACAAAAUCUGCUGCUGCUGUCCUGGAAGAGCAGAGAGAGCGCCUGUGUUGUGUCCUCUGGCAAGCAGCCGCCCACUUGAUCCAGGGCUGGGCAAGAACCCGGAUGGGAGAACCCAAGGAAGCCAUAAACAGCUUUAGCAGGUGUCUUAAUGAUCUCCUGAGAGUCCUUUUGGUCAGCACAGGCAGCUGCAGAGCUGAACCAGAAAGAGAGCAGACGGCCAUACCUGAAGCAGAGCCGCUCCCCCAAAUCAGACUCCUGGCCUUGACAGGAAGAGGAAUCCAGUUCCUGGAGCUGGGGAGGCUCAAAGAAGCCUUGAUGGAUUUUCAGUACAGCUUGCAGGUCUCUCCAGGCAGCUGCACCUCUACUUUGUACUUACUGCACACCCUCUGGAAGCUUGACCGGAAGCAGGAGGUAGUUGCACACUGGCCGAAGGUCCCGUCGGAGCCUGGCUUGAUGGAGGGAAACACAGGAAGACCUUUCCCACUCUACCUGCGAUCGUGCGUGAAACAGAUGGAGUUUCCUCACAGGGAAUCCUUUGCCAAGGAUUUAAAAAGCUACCUCGGGGAGAAGGGCCAGGUGCUUUAAUGCUUUCCUCUCAGCUGCUGCUCUCGCUCCCGAAAGGGCUUCACCUGUGGGAAGAAGGCAACGCUUUCGGAGUUCCAGAGGGGGUGGGGGGCAGCGGAGGGAGUGGGAAGGGUGACCUUUCUUAAUGGCAGAAAAGGGUGUUCUUGCUCCCACAUGAAUAUCUGCCAGGCUCAUCUCUGGCUCAUGGAGCUGGCUUGUAUGACUCAGGAGGGCUUCGUGCUCAAUGGGAAGUGGGGAAGAGAUCCAGGCACAGAGAACGCGGCUCCCCUUUGUAAUGGUGAACCUCAACACGCAGCAUUUCAGAGGAGAACAGUCUCGGCUUCUAGAGCCUCUGCAUCCGUUGCCAGAGUCUGGAUAAAGAGCAGGAGGAACUGCCAAGAGGCAUCCACUGAAUUGUGGAGCUCAACCAAAAUGACUUAUUCUAAAGCCGAGCUCUCCAAAGCUUGGCAACCUUAAGACUUGUGGACUUCAGCUCCCAGAAUUCCCCAGCCAGUUGCCAAGUUUGGAGAGCCUUGUUCUAAAGUUGUAGACGAAGCAAGACUGUACCACAAAGAAAGACUAUUCCUGAAUAUGGGAGUCCUAUUGAGAUCAUUUGGUUAAGUUUAAAAGGAGUUAAAAACCAAAUUAUGCCGUUUUGGGAUCCGACUGUAGCCCCUCUUCACCCAGGCGGAGGGUGCAAAUGAUUCUUUUCUAAAUCGGGUUUCCAGACGGCAGGUUCUGGUGGUGAUGGGAGACUUCAGUUAACCCAAAACUUGCUGGAAAAUGAAGAGUAAAGUUGCAGCAGAUUUCUUCUUUCAGCAGUGAAUGCAAUGGAACUAUUGUAGUAUCUCUUUGCAUCAAGUUCAGGCCCACCUGACUAGUAUUUUUCUCCCAGUGCCCCCCCCCCAGGAAACAGGUAACAUGGAAGUUUCUUAAUUCCUGGUCUUGAGGGGCCUCCCUGAUUAACGGAUGCAUCCAAGUCAGUGUCCACCAAAUCAUACGGGAAUGAUGACUAAAGAAGGAAGGGCUUUCUUUGAUCUUCAAUUCCUUUCUUUCAGCUCUAUUGGGUGAUCCCACCUUGUUCCUUCUCCCUGUCUACUUCCUGUAUGCAAUACAUGGUUUUCUGUUUUCACAAUUGG